AUGCAAGUAACUGAGUGGAUCCAGCCAUUAAAGGAGCAAUGCAUCAAGAUUGAUCUUAUCAACAAGGAGACAUAUGAAAAGCUUGUUAACGAUAUUGCUGCUUUAAUUGGCUAUCAGUACAAGCUUUCCAACUAUAUGUUAGGAUUUUUAAACACAUUAAAGUCAAAGAUACCAGCAAACUACACAGCCCAUUAUAAUCCAGAAUGCUUGGAUUUUCCCACUCUUACUGAUCAUUCAAGGCUUGUUUAUAACAUCGCAAAUAACUUUGUUGACACAAUCCUCAGUAUUCUCGAUUAUUAUGGUCAUCAACAGUUUGCACAAGAGAUUAUUGAGUUCCACAAUCUGUUUUUAGAGAAAAUUAAGAUCCGAAACGCUUUUCUUUCAGAACAUCCAACAAUUCUUCCUCCUUAUACUAAAACACUCGACUUAAACUUUCACAUAGCCCAAACAAUCCCAUAUGGACACAAUAACGACCUCACAUCCUAUCUCGGAAGCUUGAUAAAAAUUAUAGAUAACAAACUUUCAUCAGAUUUCGACAAGAAAUACUAUCCAACCAUCGAAUCGAUCUCCCACAUCUACCAGAACAUCGACAAUGGCUCAUUAUUGCCACAACUCGAGCAAAUCUGCUCAGAUCUUGAUAAAACACGUCUAGAACUACUCAAAGAGAAAUCUUCACUUGAACGCGGUGUUCAAUCCACAGAAGACUUCCUUUCCAACCUCCCAAUUGAAGCUAUCCGCGAGAAUCGACAGUAUUCAGACUAUAUCAAGUCGACAAACAAGAUUUUACCGCAAAUACGAGCGAAUAUGAACGAUCUAUUGUAUUCAUAUUCCUCCAUUCCCGAUAUUUUCAAGCGCUUACAUCUUUUGUUCAGAGAAUCAGUUCCAACUAAUUAUGUCGACCAAAAUGAGAUGGAAGAACUUCGAUCCAAGUACAUCAAGUUCUGCAGCGAGUUGAAGAAGCUCCGUCUUUUCCUUCGCAUUGUUAAAGACUCUAACAUCAAACAAUAUUCACCAAAUCAAGCACAAUUGUUUAUCUCUCAAGAAAAAGAUUUUUUGAGUAAUAUCAAGAAACUUCUUGAAGAAAACAAUUUCCAAGAGAUUGGUCCAUUGAUUGACAACUCAUUGUCAUCAUUUGCACAUUACACGGAUUCAGUUCCAGACGAAACAGAACAGUUUGUUAAAGAAACAAGUGAAUUUGAUGUUCAAACACAAAGAUGGGCGAACAAUCGACCACAAAUUGAUCCACAGAUCGAAUACCAAGUUAAGAACCUUCGUGACCAACUUGACUCUAUGCAGAAACAGACUGACCAGAUAAUUAAUUCAUCAAAUGUCUCAAUUUCUCAGGCGAUUCAGUCUAUUUCUGAUUUGAUGACUUAUUUGAGAUUCAGUACUCCGAUCAAAGAAAGUGAGUUGCAAGAGUUUUCUAAUGAACUUGACAGAGAAGCAGGGAAUGCAUGGGCUCGUCGUCGUCUUGAAUCAAAGAGAGAACAGAUAGAAAGGAAGAAGAAGAUUCUAGAACAAAAGAAAAGAGAAUUGGAACAACAGAAUAAUCGAAUUUCUUCAAUGCAGAAAGAAAUCGAAAACUAUAAGUCUGAGAAGGAAAAGAAUCCAAAUUAUUCUGCUAUUCCACGUGAAGAAGUUCAGGACGCAAAAGACAGAGCUCUUUGUCCUCUUUGCGAACAGAGAAAUCCAAGAAACUGUCUCCUGAAAGAGUGCGGACAUACAUUCUGUCUCGCAUGUAUCCAGGCACAGAUAAAGAGCAGAAACAGAGCUUGCCCUAGCUGCAACAAGAAAUUUGCAGAAUCUUAUGUUAAAGAAAUACAAUGGGAAUAA